AGCCCCGCCGCCGCGCCGCCGCCUGCCAGUCGCUACCCGGGGUCCUCCGGCUCCUGCCGCACGGGCGCGAGAGGCCGGUGGCCCCGGUGGCCCCGCUGCUGUCAGCGAGCGGAGCCCAGCUUUUAUCCCCAAGGCGCUUACUUUGGUUGCCCAUCAGCUCAAGGCAGAGGCCGGUGACCUGCAUGGAGAGGUGAACAUUCCAUCUCACUUGAUCCGCAGACAACUCAUUGAAUUAGCUAUUUGCACCCCCAUAUUGCACCAAGGAAACUGAUGUUCAAGAGGCAAAGUGAAGUCGUCAAGGUCACAGAGCUACUCAGAGGCAGAGCAAGAUUUAAACCCAGACUCGUCUGACAUCAAAGCUUCCACCUCUGUGCUUCACCUCGGCACUCGCACACCUCCACCCAGUCUCAUCUGGGCAUCUACAAAACAACAAUAAAUUCUGGGCAAAAAAACAACAACAGCAAUAAAUUCUGGGCAGAGCACAUAACUCCUCAACGGACAAGUGGACAAUGGAUCCUGAUUGAAGAAGCGUGCUAUUCUCAUGGCAGACGGCAGAAGCUCAGGAGAGCUGGAGCCAGGCCAUACAAACAUACCUGAAGUUUCCAUUUGGACAUGGUGUCGAUCAUACUUGUUCAUAUCCAUUAUCAUAUAGGCAAGGAAGCUAAAGGAGAAGCAGCGUGCCCAGGCUCACUCAAAGGACCAGUGGCUGCGCCAGCAGCAGUUGGCUCACUGAUGCCCUAGGUGGCUCAGAUUCCCCAGGACACACGCUCCCCUCUACAAAGGCAUAUGGAAGAUCUACGGGGUAGCAGAGGAACGAGAUGUGCUUUAAUGGUCCGAGAGUCUUGAUGGCGUGUCUCUUCAGUCACUUUCGAGGGACAUGAAGAGCAGAUGGCUCCCCCGGCCACUCCGGCUCCACGUCCAUGAGCCCGUCGGCAGCCCUGUCCACGGGGAAGCCUACGGACAGCCGCCCCGGCUACAUGGACAGCCCAGUGAGCGCCCCGCGGACUCUGAGUGCAGUGGGGACGCCCCUCAGUGCCCUGGGCUCCACGUACCGAGUCAUCACUCCUGCUGUGGGCCCGCCCUCAGGAGCGCUGGCGGCCCCCACAGGAAUCAACUUGGUCGCCCCGCCCAGCUCUCAGCUCAAUGUGGUCAACAGCGUCAGCAUUUCAGAGGACAUCAAGCCCUUACCAGGGCUUCCUGGGAUUGGAAACAUGAACUACCCGUCUGCCAGUCCCGGAUCGCUGGUUAAGCACAUCUGUGCCAUCUGUGGGGACCGAUCCUCAGGCAAGCACUAUGGCGUGUACAGCUGUGAAGGCUGCAAGGGCUUCUUCAAGAGGACCAUCCGGAAGGACCUUGUGUACACGUGCCGGGACAACAAGGACUGCCGCAUCGACAAGCGCCAGCGCAACCGCUGUCAGCACUGCCGCUACCAGAAGUGCCUGGUGGUGGGCAUGAAGCGGGAAGCUGUGCAAGAAGAAAGGCAGAGGAGCCGGGAGCGUGCCGAGAGUGAGGUGGAAUGUGCCAUCAGUGGCCACGAAGAUAUGCCUGUGGAGAGGAUUCUGGAAGCGGAACUUGCUGUUGAACCGAAGACGGAAUCCUACGGUGACAUGAACAUGGACAACUCGACAAACGACCCUGUCACCAAUAUAUGCCAUGCGGCCGAUAAGCAGCUUUUCACUCUUGUUGAAUGGGCCAAGCGCAUCCCCCACUUCUCUGACCUCACCCUGGAGGACCAGGUCAUUCUGCUCCGGGCAGGGUGGAAUGAGCUGCUGAUCGCCUCCUUCUCCCACCGCUCAGUUUCUGUGCAGGACGGCAUCCUCCUGGCCACGGGUUUGCACGUCCACCGGAGCAGUGCCCACAGUGCUGGGGUCGGCUCCAUCUUUGACAGAGUCCUGACUGAGCUGGUCUCCAAAAUGAAAGACAUGCAGAUGGACAAGUCGGAGCUGGGCUGCCUGCGGGCCAUCGUGCUGUUUAACCCAGAUGCCAAGGGUCUGUCCAACCCUGCCGAGGUGGAGACGCUGCGCGAGAAGGUCUAUGCCACCCUGGAGGCCUACACCAAGCAGAAGUAUCCGGAGCAGCCAGGUUCGCCAAGCUGCUGCUGCGCCUCCCGGCCCUGCGCUCCAUCGGCCUCAAGUGCCUGGAGCACCUGUUCUUCUUCAAGCUCAUCGGGGACACGCCCAUCGACACCUUCCUCAUGGAGAUGCUGGAGACCCCGCUGCAGAUCACCUGAGCCUGCAGCCGGCCUCCGCCAGGAGGCGCCCUGGGCCGGUGCGGGUGGACCCCCGCCGCGCACAUGAUCCUCCACCCCCCACCCUGACCCCUUCCUGUUCCCAAAAUGUCAUGCUUACAAUAAAGAAACCUUUCUACACAUGAGACUUUUAUAGGUGGAGUUUUGUACAGACAUUAAAGGUAACCUUUCUUUGCUAUUUAAGGGGCCAGGGAUCUUUCUGGAAGUUCUUGGGAAAACUAACCAAGCCUCUGUACAUAUAAUUGGUUUAAAUUAUUUUUUCACUUGCCAUGGAAAGCAAAGGAAUGAAUAAUAAA